CGCGGCUUCUCAGGGGAACCUGUCUCGCGGGCCGGGAGCAAGUGCUUCUUCCUGUGACGGCCUCGCGGUGCAGCCGACUUCUCCUUCCGCUCCCGCGGCUCCCUCCCGGGACGGCGAGGGAGGCCCGAAGGGGACCGGCUGGAGCGGGGCCGUCGGGGCUCCCGGGGCGUCGCCAUGUCGCUGUGGGGGCAGCCGCUGAAGGCCUCGCUGCCCCCGGCUGUGCAGCCGCCCCCGACCGCGCCCUCGGGGCCUCCGAGCGGCGCCCCUCCAGCCGGCGCCACCCUCAACCGCCUGCCGGAGCCGCUGCUGCGGAGGCUCAGCGAGAGCCUGGACCGCGCGCCCGAGGGCCGAGGCUGGAGGCGGCUGGCGGAGCUGGCCGGCAGUCGGGGGCGCCUCCGGCUCAGUUGCCUAGACCUGGAGCAGUGUUCUCUGAAGGUGUUGGAGCCAGAGGGAAGCCCAAGUUUGUGUUUACUGAAACUGAUGGGUGAAAAAGGAUGUACAGUCACAGAACUGAACGACUUCCUUCAGGCUUUAGAACACACUGACGUUCUUCAGCUUCUCAACCCCCCAGGAUUAAAGAUCACUGUAAACCCAGAAUCAAAGUCAGUUUUGGCUGGACAGUUUGUAAAACUGUGUUGCCGGGCAACUGGACAUCCUUUUGUACAAUAUCAAUGGUUCAAAAUGAAUAAGGAGAUUCCAUAUGGAAAUUCAUCAGAACUUAUUUUUAACACAGUACAUGUAAAAGAUGCAGGCUUUUAUGUCUGCCGAGUUAACAACAGUUCCACCUUUGAAUUUAGCCAGUGGUCACAGCUCGAUGUCUGUGAUGUGGCAGAAGUAACAGAAAGCUUCCAGGGAAGUGUGGAUGGUAUCUCAGAAUCCAAGCUGCAAAUCUGCGUGGAACCAAGGUCCCAAAAGUUGGUGCCAGGCAGCAGAUUGGUUCUACAGUGUAUUGCUAUUGGAAGUCCUAUGCCUCACUACCAGUGGUUCAAAGAUGAAUCACCAUUGACACACGAGACAAAAAAGCUCUACACGGUUCCGUAUGUGGAUCUAGAACAUGAAGGGACCUACUGGUGUCGUGUAUAUAAUGACCGAGACAGUCAAGACAGUAAGAAGGUAGAGGUCAUCAUAGGAAGAACAGAUGAGGCAGUGGAAUGUACCGAAGAUGAAUUAAAUAAUUUUGGGCAUCCUGAUAAUAAAGAACAAACAACUGGCCAGCCUUUGGCAAAGGACAAAGUUGCUCUUUUGAUAGGAAAUAUGAAUUAUUGGGAGCACCCCAAGCUUAAAGCUCCUUUAGUGGAUGUGUAUGAAUUGACCAACUUAUUAAGGCAACUAGAUUUCAAAGUUGUUUCAUUGUUGGAUCUUACCGAAUCUGAGAUGUGCAAUGCUGUGGAUGAAUUUUUACUACUUUUAGACAAAGGAGUAUAUGGGUUGUUAUAUUAUGCAGGGCAUGGUUAUGAAAACUUUGGGAACAGUUUUAUGGUCCCGGUUGAUGCUCCAAAUCCAUAUAGGUCUGAAAAUUGCCUGUGUGUACAAAACAUACUGAAAUUAAUGCAAGAAAAGGAAACUGGACUCAAUGUGUUCCUGUUGGAUAUGUGUCGGAAAAGAAAUGACUAUGAUGAUACCAUUCCAAUCUUGGAUGCACUGAAAGUCACUGCCAAUAUUGUGUUUGGAUAUGCCACGUGUCAAGGAGCAGAAGCUUUUGAAAUACAGCAUUCUGGAUUGGCAAAUGGGAUUUUUAUGAAAUUUUUAAAAGAUAGAUUAUUAGAAGACAAGAAAAUUACUGUGUUACUGGAUGAAGUUGCAGAAGAUAUGGGGAAAUGUCACCUUACCAAGGGCAAACAAGCUCUAGAGAUCCGAAGCAGCUUGUCUGAAAAAAGAGCACUUACAGAUCCAAUCCAGGGGACAGCUUCCUCCGCAGAGUCCCUAGUACGGAAUCUACAGUGGGCCAAGGCGCAUGAACUUCCAGAAAGUAUGUGCCUUAAAUUUCAGUGUGGUGUUCAUAUUCAGUUAGGAUUUGCUGCAGAGUUCUCGAAUGUCAUGAUAAUCUACACAAGUAUAGUCCACAGACCACCUGAGAUAAUAAUGUGUGAUGCCUAUGUUACUGAUUUCCCUCUCGACCUAGACAUUGAUCCAAAACAUGCAAAUAAGGGGACUCCUGAAGAAACGGGCAGUUAUUUAGUGUCAAGAGAGCUCCCCAAGCAUUGCCUCUACACUAGACUCAGUUCCCUCCAAAAACUGAAGGAGCAUCUGAUCUUCACAGUAUGUUUAUCGUAUCAGUAUUCGGGACUGGAAGACACUGUGGAGGAGAAGCAGGAAGUGAACGUUGGGAAGCCUCUUAUUGCCAAGUUAGACAUGCAUCGAGGACUGGGCAGGAAGACUUGCUUUCAAGCUUGUCGUAUGCCUGAUGAGCCUUAUCACAGCUCCACGCCUGCCGCAGGGGGAGCAGGGCAUUUUCACUCGUCUCAGGACUCGUUCCAUGACGUGUACCAUUCACAUCUUGCUAAUUCAGACAGUGACAUGCCACCAGACAGGUGUCACUGCAGCCGGACUCCACAUACCUUUGUUUCAAGUUACCCCACCCACCAUUACUCCUGCCAGUUUGGGAGAAGUAACGUGCCGGUAGAGACAACUGAUGAGAUGCCCUUCAGUUUUUCUGACAGGCUGAUGAUUUCUGAAAACUGACCUCACGUUUGUGAAAACUAGAGUAUGACAGUGCUUUCAUAUGAAAUAUCACUUACAGACUAUGAGGUGUGGUAGAAAGGCAAAGGUGUACGUACAGAAAGAAAACCGGCAACAGGCUUUUAUAGCAGGCUCUCAGGAGUGUGAGGGACCAGAGUUACAUUAGUUAAGCUGGGUGGUGGCGGUGGUGGCAACACUUGUAAUCCCAGCACUCAGGAGUCGGGGCAGUGGAUCUCCGAGUGUGAGACCAGCCUGGGCUAUAGACUGAGUUCCAGGACAGCCAGGGCUACUCAGAAACCCUGUCUUGAAAGAUCAAAAAAAGGAGAAAAAAAAAAAAAGAAUUACAUUAUUUAACCAGACUGUCUCUUGCUUUUGUCUCAUUUUAAGACUUUGUGAAUUAAUUUGUUUUAAAAGAGUGAAGAAUGGGGCCUGUGAAUAUAGCUCAAUGGUACAAUGUUCAGCUAAUAUGUGGAAGGCCCUGGGCUUAAUCAUCAUUACUGGAAGGGAAGAUAUUCAUCUUCCAGUAAUGAUGUGUAUGUAUGUGUACCAAAUAUUUUCAUUUUGACGACUCAGAAAAGCAGCAAGAAUGGCAUUACUAUAGAUUGAAUUAUAGUAUUGGCACCAAAAAAAGAACCCUUUCUUUUUUCAGAGUUCUUUUAUGUGUAUGUGUGGGGGCCUGAAUAUAUACGUGUUGUCAUGGAGACUAGAAGAGGGCAUCAGAUCCCCAGAACUAGAAUUAUAGACAGGUGCGAGCCACUCACUGUGAAUGCUGGGAAGUGAACCUGUGUCCUCUGUAAGAAUAGCAAGUGCUCACCGGCAGUGGUAGUAGCACAUCUUUACUCCCAGCACUUGGGAAGCACAGGCCCGCGGAUCUCUGUAGCAUGGUCUACAAAUCGAGUUCCAGGACAGCCAAAGCUACAUGGAGAAACCCGGUUUCUAAAUAAAUAAAUAUAUGAAUGAAUAAAUAAAUAAUAGACUAGCAAGUGCUCUUGAUCAUUAAGCCAUUGCUCCAGCCCCAGAAAGAGUCUUUUCAAUCACCAGACUUAACAACUUCCUUUUAUCAAUGGGAAAAUAGAUCGAGGCAAACUGUCUUGUAUUGGAGCAGAACUGAAGUCUCAGUUCUAGGCUCAAAUUUCUAUCCCAGUGGUUUCCUACUCCACACUGCCUUCCCUGCAGGUUCUCAGAUAGGAAUCGUUUGUGUACAUAAGGAGAGAGGUGGGCGGGGAGAAAGAGCUGUUUGUAACCCUGAGAACUGCUUCUGAUUCUGUGAUUACAGGAUUUUGCUUCAAGUGUUAGUCAAGAGGCUUGUAUAUAAAUGUUAUGUAGAACAG